GGCCCGCCCGGCAUGGCCCGCUCCGAGGAGGUGCACCGGCUCACCGAGAAUGUCUACAAGACGAUCAUGGAGCAGUUCAAUCCCAGCCUCAGGAAUUUCAUUUCUAUGGGGAAGACCUAUGAAAAAGCCUUAGCAAGUAUGACAUACGCAGCAAAAGGAUACUUUGAUGCUCUGGUUAAGAUGGGAGAGUUGGCCAGUGAAAGCCAAGGAUCUAAAGAAUUGGGAGACGUGCUCUUCCAGAUGGCAGAAGUCCACAGGCAGAUCCAGAACCAGCUGGAGGAGAUGCUCAAGUCCUUCCACAACGAGCUCCUGACGCAGCUGGAGCAGAAGGUGGAGCUGGACUCCCGGUACCUGAGUGCCGCACUGAAAAAAUACCAGACGGAGCAAAGGAGCAAGGGGGACUCGCUCGACAAGUGCCAGGCAGAGCUGAAGAAACUUCGGAAGAAGAGCCAAGGCAGCAAAAACCCCCAGAAGUACUCUGACAAGGAGCUGCAGUACAUCGAAGCCAUCAGCAACAAGCAAGGCGAGCUGGAAAACUACGUCUCCGAUGGCUACAAGACAGCUCUGACGGAAGAGAGGAGACGGUUCUGCUUCCUGGUAGAGAAACAGUGUGCGGUAGCGAAGAGCGCAAUCACCUACCAUGCCAAGGGGAAGGAGAUGCUGACGCAGAAGCUGCCGCUGUGGCAACAGUCCUGCUCGGAUCCCAACAAGAUCCCGGACCGCGCUAUACAGCUGAUGCAGCAGAUGGCUGCCAGCAGCAAUGGCACCAUUAUGCCCAGCCCUCUGUCUACAUCCAAAUCCAACCUCAUCAUCUCUGAUCCCAUCCCUGGUGCCAAACCUCUCCCUGUCCCCCCGGAGUUGGCACCUUUUGUAGGACGCAUGUCGGCGCAGGAGGCCAUGCCGGUGAUGAACGGAGUCUCAGGCCCAGACAGUGACGGGUACAACCACUGGUCUGAGAUGAAGCCAGCACAGCCCAAAUCUUUAUCUCCUCCCCAGCCUCAGAAGCAGCUGAGUGACUCUUACUCCAAUACACUCCCAGUUCGCAAAAACGUGCCACCGAAAAACAGCUACGCAUCAGCCGAAAACAAGACGCUGCCGCGCUCCAGCUCCAUGGCCGCAGGGCUCGAGAGGAACGGCAGGACGAGGGUGCAGGCCAUUUUCUCUCACGCUGCCGGAGAUAACAGCACCCUCUUGAGCUUCAAGGAGGGUGACCUCAUCACGCUGCUGGUGCCGGAGGCCAGGGACGGCUGGCAUUACGGAGAGAGCGAGAAAACAAAAAUGAGGGGCUGGUUUCCGUUCUCCUACACGCGGGUCCUCGACAGUGAUGGCAGCGAGCGGGUCCACACGAGCCUGCAGCAAGGGAAGAGCAGCAGCACCGGCAACCUGCUGGAUAAAGACGACAUCGCCAUCCCGCCGCCCGACUACGGCAUGGCCUCCCAAGCCUUCCCGGCGCAAGGCGUCAACACCUUCAAGCAGAGGCCAUACAGUGUGGCCGUGCCCGCCUUCUCCCAGGGUCUCGAUGACUACGGGACGAGGUCCGUCAGCAGAAACCCCUUUGCCAACGUCCAGCUGAAGCCAACGGUGACCAACGACCGCUCGGCUCCGCUCAUCAGCUGAUCCGGGAGUGCUGGCGCCCGCUGUGCCGCGCGGCACUCGCCACCUCCUCCUCGCCGCUGCAUGUCCGGCUUUCCAGGACUUCAUUUUUAGGCGGAGUUUAUUUAAUCCUGCUGCUUUGAAAGCCAAAGGCUAAAGCUAGUGCCCUAGUUCUCUCUUCUCUAGACCCAGCUUAUUCCUCUCGGUGGCAGAGGGUUAAACCGCUCCCACGUAGCCUGUCCUUUGCCUGCGCAGAACUAGCGCGAUGGCAGCUGCCCCCACCACGCUCCCAGCUUGUCCCGUAGCCGGGUUUGCUUCUAGGCUUAGCAGCAGCUCGCCGUGGUUGGGAGAACGGCCUCAGCUGGAAAACAGCUCUCCAGAGGCGAGCUGUGCUUCGGGCUCGCACGGGGUGGAGCGGCGAUGGCAGAGGGGAGAUGCUCCCCCCAUUCCCCCCUGCCUGGCCGGGAGGGAGCCCUGGGACAGGCAGGAUAGCCAGGAUCCCCUGUGCAAGCCAAGGGGGUGGUGGGAGCCGUAGGCAGCUCCCAGGCUCCUGCGAGACCCCGGCUCCCUGCCCCGGGCGGGGAGGCGGUGGGACGCCGGCGGUGGGGUGCCGGCACUGCAGCCCCUGCCGUAACGGGGAUGGGGACGGCUCCGCUGCCAGAGCUCCUGCAGCGCCAGGUCUCUGUGUACAGUAGGGUAUUACGGUACUGCUGUAAAGUAUAAGCUAGAAAAAAAUACUUUUGGAGGUGAGGGCUCUGUUUAAGCGUGCCUUGGGGUGCCUGGGGCUGCGGGGUGCCCGGCGGUUGAAGGGGCACCCUGCUCCCCGCAGACAGGCUCGCCCAUCCAGACCUCUUGCUUGGCUGUUUGCUCUUCCUCUAUUGCUACGGCUGCAUGAGAGAGAUACAUAUAGAUAAAUAUAUAUAUAUAUACAACACACACACACUUGCUAAGGUUAUUGCUGGGGUGUGCACCCAUGAACGAGCCAGCUCCUGGGCCGUUCCCCCAGCUCCCGGCUGCUGCUCGCCCCGAGCCAAGCCAGCAUGGGGGUCGCAUCCCUGCUACAGGAACAGGGAGAAGGGCUUUUCCAGGCAGGAACCGUGUCUCCUGUGGGCGAGCGGUUGUGUGCCGGGCAGCAUGGGGGGCAGCGCCCUCAGAGGUUUUGCCUUUUCCGUUGUAUUUGUCAUUUUGCACUUUUCAAUCGCUAGUGCACCGCAGCCCGUUCAGCAGGCGCUUUGCUGAGCACAGAGAGCCCCGGGCGCGUGGGU